AUGUCUUCUCAACAAAAUCGAGAUUUUGAUUUAAUAGAUUUACUUCUACCGUCAGAAGAAUUGUCAUACCCAACUUCUGGAAAAUGUUAUUGUGGAAAAGAACAAAGCAACCUUUACAAAUAUAAAAGAUGUAUUCUAAAUGUAAGCAUUGCAGAUUGUCUUGGGAUUACUAAAGAUCCUACUUCAAACUAUAUGAUUGUUAUGAAAUAUUAUGAAGGUGGAGACUUGCAUUCAUACCUUGAAGAAGUAAAUGGAAUUCUUUGUUGGAGAGAUAUUAUUGAUAUGCUAUGGGCAAUUUCAGAAGGAAUUAAACAUAUUCAUGAUUGUGAGUUAAUUCAUGGAGAUCUUCAUGGAGGUAAUCUAUUAGUUGAGAAUGAACAUGACUCAGUAAAUGUAUUCGUUGCUGAUGUAGGAGUACACGGUCCAGUUAAAAAAAAAAAUCCAAAUGAAAUUUAUGGAGUUCUUCCUUAUGUAGCUCCUGAGAUUUUGAAAGGAAGUCCAGCAACAAACCUUUCAGAUAUUUACAGCUUUGGAAUUAUCAUGUGGACACUUUCUGCGGGUAUUCGUCCAUGGUGUAAUAGACCACAUGAUCUUAAAUUAGCUAUGGAAAUUUGUUCUGGUCUUCGUCCUAAAACGAUUGAUGGUGCUCCAGACGUUUACACUCAAUUAAUGAAACAAUGUUGGCAUUGUGAUCCUUCAAAACGACCAACUGCAUCAUAUUUAUGUGAGCUUUUAGGAAGUUGGGUAACUGCCAUUUGCGAUAAUCCAAUUCCAUCGGAAUUAUCUGAUCAAUUUGAUAAAGCUGAGGAGAGAAAAUUUUUGGAUUUAGAAAAGAACCAAUUCCACCAACAAAAGAUUCAUCCUCAAGCUUUUUAUGUAAGCAGGAGCUUGUAUUUUCCUGAACUAGUUAACCUUUGCUAG